AUGGAUCGCCCGCCACAUCUCGACAUCGACCUCAACGAGCCACCCCCGCCGUCGCCACCGCCGGCGGUUCACCAGCCGCCCCCGCACGAGUUCGCUGCCGCCAUCCCCAUUGUUGCUCCUCCUCCGCCGCCGCCGCCGCCACCCCAGCUCCCGCCUCCCGCCAACGUGCAGGCCCACCUGCUGCUGCCGCACCAUGCCCGCGAGCUAGCGCUGGCGUACCACCGUGCGGAAUCCUGGAGGUUAGCUGCUGCUACGGCCAGUGCGCCCGCGACCGCUGGUUCUUCGCUGGAGGUGCCGCCACCGCCGGUUCUCCAGUCGCCCGCUUUUGCUCCUCCGCGCCACGGCCACCCCAGCUCCCGCCUCCCGCCAACGUGCAGACUCAGCUGCUGCUCACGCACCAAGCCGGCGAGAUACCGCUGGCGUACCACCGUGGGGAACUGUGGUGGAGGUCGGCCAUUGCGGCCGCGACGGCAGGUUCGUCGGCGGAGGGGCUACCUCCAGCGCCGGUGCAGCACCCGGGAGUACCGGGGUGGGGCGGGAACCCGUGCGCGUCCUGCGGCCUCCCCGAGCUGCCGGGGGCAACCGUCAUCUGCGACGCCUGCGAACGUGGGUUCCACCAAGCCUGCAUCGACGUCGUGCGGCAGCCUCCGCCGGCCAUGGACGAAGACUGGAUGUGCCCGGAGUGUGCGACAGGACCCGUGCCGCUCGACAUCAGUACGAGUUGCUGAUGGAGCUCAUUUGACUGAAGUGGCUACUCCACAUUUUGAGGGGCUGCAGUUGAAUAAUACAACUCCUUAUGAUGGGAAUCACUUUAUGCCAGCAUCUGGUCUUCCUCAUUGCUUUAACAUGAGACAGCAAUUUCCUCCUGUGGAUCAAAACUUCAUUGCUGAUGGAAACAUAGAACGGAGCUCAAAUCAUACAUAUUGCAGGAGAAGAGAUUUUCCACAAAAAUCAGCAUUUCGCAAGUUUUCUGAGAAGCACGAGUUUGGAAGUUCUAGUACUUUUAUGGAGCCAUCAUUUUUUACGAAAGCAACAGACCCGAGUUGUAAGGAAGAAAGAAAUCAACCAAAGCCUCCAAAAUUUCUUGCGGAAAAUUGCAACCAUCAAGCACAUCAUGGCAGUGUUGGCCUACCUGUUCAAUAUCAGGAUUUCUUUAUAACUAGCUUGGGAGAAAUCGAUAAACAGGCAAGCUACCACAAUUGCCAUCAGAUAUGGCCAGUGGGUUUUACAUCUUACUGGCAUGAUAGAGUCACUGGUUCACUGUUUGAGUGUGAGGUGUGUGAUGGAGGGAGUUUUGCACCUUUGUUUAAGGUCAGAAGGUUACCAUGUUCAGUGUUCCCCCUUCCAGAAGCAUCGACCAUUCUCUCCCAUAAUGGUGCAAGAAAGGCCGCUGAAACAAAGGAAAGUAGCAGUUUUAUUGGAGAUACUGCUAAUGAUAUGGAUGAUGAUCUUUAUAUGAUGAUGGAUAUUCCCUCUGAGACCAACCAAGAUUUCCUAUCAUGUCUUACCAAUGAUACGGAGGAUAAAAGGACUUCUUUGGAUUGCAAUGAUGUACAGAGUUCAAAUAUGAUGUCACAAAUACUACCUUCAAAUUCUGAGAAUGUUCCACCAAGUAAAGAAGCAAAUAUUAAUGACCAAAUUGGUGAGUUUACAUUUGAGGGAACAUCAUCCUCUUCAGUAUGGGGGAUGAUUUCUUCUGCUAUGGUGGAAGCUUGUGAAAAAAUGUACAAGGAACAUGGGCAUUUGGUAUUCUCAUGCACACACAACAGCGAAAAUCAUUUGUUAAACAAGGGGAGUGGAUGUCAGAACUUUGAUGGUCCUUACGCUCCCUUAACUAGAUUUUGCUCAUCCAAUGGCCCCAGUAUACCACGAGUUACAGAAAAGAAGAAUGAUGUGGAAGCUACUUAUACAUUACUGAAGCAUUGGCUAUACCAUGAUAGAAUUGGGCUUGAUUUGGAAUUUGUUCAAGAAAUUGUGGAGUCUCUUCCUAGAUCCAGGUCUUGCAUAAACUACCAGUUCUUGUGCAAUAGGACAGAAUUUCAUUCUUCUGUGACAGUUGCAAGUGGUUUACUUUUAUCUGUGCAUAAAGAUGGUCAAAGUAAUGUAGAUACGCCAUAUGGUAGACAUGGUGCGGUGACUGGGCUACAUGAUGAUGCUCAACCCAGCGGUUCUAGCAUCCGCAAGCUACCUCUGGGACGUCCUACUAGCCGUAAGCUUCAACCAGAAUCGGCGGCAGAUGUUCUCCAGAUAUGGGAGUUCUUGGGGCGCUUUGGUGAAAUCAUUGAUCUCAAAGAAGUGCCUUCAUAUGAACAAUUAGAGGAUGAACUUGCUGACCCAUGGCCAAUUUGUGCAAGUCAGGAAGAAACAUUGUCAAAGGGCAUUCAACAAUGUAGGGACUACUCUUCACCAAUGAAUUCCCCUGCAAAUUCUUCUAUACCACAUUCAAAUAGUGAAUCUGGUCUCUCCAAUAAUGAAGAGACUGUGUCUGUAUUUAUUCCUGUUGAAACUUCCUCUAUGAAGGAAGCUCGUCUAGAUAAAUUGGCAGCCCAGACACUUGGGAGGUGCACUGGUACAAUAUUGCCAGGGGUUCAUCUUGCACUCAUUAAGGUUCUUUUUGGUGAGGUAUUAUCAAAGCUGAACAUUGACCCCAAAGAAUCAAAACCCAGGCGCGGAAGAAAGAAGGACACUGAGAGCCUUGUUUCAACAAAGGAAUUUAACUUUGAUAUGCUAACUGCUAACAAGUUGACUUGGCCAGAGUUGACUAGAAGGUAUAUGUCAGCUAUUUCAUCCAUAAAUGGAUGCAUGGAUGUGCCUGAUAUUUCCAGUCGAGAAGGGGUGAAGUUAUUCCGCUGCCUACACGGUGAUGGUGGCAUACUGUGUGGAGCAGUACCUGGGGUUGCCGGCAUGGAGAAGGAUGCCCUGCUGCUUCUGGAGGCGGAGAAUUUGAUAUGCAGUUCUCUAUCAAGUGAAGGAAACAAGGUUUUUAUGAUGGAUUACAAGUAUUCUGCUGAGUUGCCUAUUGCUGAUAAUAGAACAUUGCCAGAUUGGGCAGAAGUACUAGAGCCUGUGAGAAAAUUACCGACAAAUGUGGGAACGAGAAUUAGAAAUUGUGUUUAUGAAGCUUUGGACUGA